AUGCAGGAAGGAUCUACAGAAGAGCUCCACAGCAGCCAACCAUGUGAGAGCAAACUACAUGAGCAUGCUGGACCACUGGUUAAUGGAAGCAGAAGGACAAUGGUGACAGGAGGUGGAGGCUACCUGGGAUAUAAUCUGGGAUGUGCCCUUGUCAGGUCAGGAAUUGCUGUUGUUCUGUUUGAUGUACGGAAACCUAAAUGGGAAAUUCCAAAGGGAGCAGAUUUUUUCAAGGGUGACGUGAGGGAUUAUGAUGCAGUGUUCAAAGCAUGUGAAGGAAUUGACUGUGUUUUUCACGUGGCUGCGUGUGGAAUGUCAGGAUUAGAACAACUUCAAAAGAAAGACCAGAUUGAAUCCAUCAAUGUUGGAGGCACAAAAAUAAUAAUUGAUGUCUGCAAACAAAGAAAUAUCCCUAGACUGAUAUAUACCAGUACAGUGAAUGUGGUAUUUGGAGGGAAUCCUAUUGAAGAAGGAGAUGAAGAAACUGUGCCGUAUUUUCCACUGGAAAAGCAAUUUAAUCAUUAUUCUAGAACAAAGGCAAUUGCAGACCAAAUGGUUCUUGCUGCUAAUGGAACUUUACUCAAAGGAGGUGAUAAGCUCCAUACUUGCGUGCUUCGUCCACCAGGCAUAUAUGGUCCAGAAGAGCAGCGCCACCUGCCACGAGUAGCUGUAAAUAUCCAGCGGAGACUGUUUAACUUCAAGUUUGGGAAUCACAAAGUGCGGAUGAACUGGGUUCACAUAGGAAAUCUAGUACAAGCUCACUUACUAGCUGCUGAAGCUCUCACCUCUGAGAAGGGUUAUGUAGCUAGUGGUCAGGCGUAUUACAUACAUGAUGGUGAAAACGUCAUAUUUUCUGAAUGGAUAGUCCCUUUAUUUGAAAAAUUAGGCUACAGGAAACCCUGGAUACAUAUUCCUGUUCUCCUGGUUCAUAUAGCAGCCACUGUGAUGGAAUAUCUGCACCUGAUACUAAAGCCGGUUUUUAGCUUUACACCUUUCUUGACAAGGAAUGAGGUGUGGAACGUUACUGUAACUCACACUUUCCGAAUAGACAAGGCACGAAAUCAACUUGGUUACAAACCAAAGAAAUUCUCAUUUGCGGAUUCUGUGGAUCAUUAUCUUAAAACAAGACCUACUUGCCAAGAAGAUCACAUGUUCCUUAAAAUGGUGUUUGCUUUUGGCAUUUUGUUAAGUUUGAUCAUUCUUGCUUUCUUCUAA